AUGUACGUGAGCUACCUCCUGGAGAAGGACGGGCCCAUGUACCCCGGCCCGGUGCGGCACUCGGGGGGGCUCAACCUGGCGGCGCAGAACUUCGUUGGUGCCCCGCAGUAUGCGGACUACGGCGGGUACCAUGUGAACCUCGACGGCGCCCAGUCCCCCGGGCCGGCCUGGCCCGCGCCCUACGCCGCCCCGCUCCGCGACGACUGGGGUACCUAUGGCCAAGGGGCGCCGCCGGCCGCCGGCGCCGUCCACGGCCUCAACGGGGGCUCCCCCGCCGCCCCCAUGGCCUACAGCCCCGCCGACUACCACCACCACCACCACCACCCGCACGCCCACCACCACGCCGGCCCCGCGCCCCACUGCUCCGCCGCCGGGGUCAUGCAGCCCCUCAACGCCGCCAGCGCGGCCGCCAGCGCCGCCCCCGAGCCGCUGUCCCCCGGUGGGCAGCGCCGCGGCCUCUGCGAGUGGAUGAGGAAGCCGGCGCAGCCCCCCCUCAGCAGCCAGGUUAAAACCAGGACGAAAGACAAGUACCGCGUUGUGUACACCGACCACCAGAGGCUGGAGCUGGAGAAGGAGUUUCACUACAGCCGCUACAUCACCAUCAGGAGAAAAGCGGAGCUGGCCUCCAACCUGGGGCUGUCGGAGAGGCAGGUGAAAAUCUGGUUCCAGAAUAGGCGGGCGAAGGAGAGGAAGAUCAACAAGAAGAAGCUGCAGCAGGCGCAACCCGGCGGUGCGGAGCCCCUCAGCCCCAGCGCCUCCUUGCAGGGUCCCGCGGCGGGGGCGGCCGCCUCUGGGCUGGGCCCCGCCGCCCCGCAGUGACAGCGGCUGGGGACAGAGGCGCAGGGACUGCUGGAGGACGCAGAGGACCGGGCCGGGCCGGGGGGCGCGGUGGGAGCGACCUCCCCCCCCCGAUGCCCUACACUGCCCCGAGGGGCCGGCCGUGUGUACAGGUGUACAGUGUAUGUGUCUCGUCGUCCGGGGGAAGCGUGUCCAUCGCUUUAUUAAUAUUAUUAUUAUUAUGUUUGGGUGCUUUUUUAACCCCGGAAUUUGUUAGAUAAAGUGGGGGCGCUGCCUGACAGUCAACCCCCGGUAUAUCUCAGGGAUCGGUCCAAAAGACCUUUGCAAUGUUGUUGGGCAAAUGAUGAAUUUUAGCGGGAAAAAAAAAAUUAAAGCACAUUUUUUUUAUUUUAUAUUUUAUUUUAUUAUUUUUUUUAAAUUUUCUUCUUGCAACUGUGAAUAUGCAAAAUGUUCAUUCUGCCCCGAGGGUCAGAGCAGACAAGAUAAGGCACUGUUUAAACGUUCAGAAGUGAAUUGCUUAAUGUUAGACACUUGUAAAAGAGCCCAUAAAUCCAGUGCAGAUAGUCAUCCAGAUUUAUUAGCUGCAGUGCAGAGAAAUUGAAAGAAUUUUGUCUCUUCUGAAAAAAGUGUCCUGUCAUGCUGAAGCGAGGAGCCUGUGCAUGCACAUUGCAUGUGCAAUGUCCCUUUGGUUAAACUAUGUGCUGUUUCUCUCAUCCUUACAAUUUCUGUCUUGGGUGGGGUGGGGCUGUUUCAGUUGAUUUUCCAAAGUUCCCUUUAUUUUAUCAGCUUUAUGUAGCCUUCAUCACAGCUCCAUCAGAAGCAGAAAU